UUUGGAUGCCCUGUGGGAGGUUGCGUCUUUGACAUGGAUGAUGUGUUUGGUCGUCUUCUACAGCCCCAGGCAACAGUGUGUGUGCUACAAACGAUAGAGGAGUUAACUGUGGGAAGGGACAAGGCGAGUGGCUACGUCACGAUAAGGAGCUGGUUUACAAAUGUUUGUAUCUCGUGCCAGUGAUCCAAGGCUGGGGAAGCCCAGUAGCCCGACAGUGGAAAACAUUACUUUUCUUUUAAAACCCGGUUCAAGAAGAACAAGCAGUCAAUGUAUAUUGGACCGAGCUCCCUGGUUAUUUAGCACUGAGCCUUUUAUCACGCUGAAAACAUGGUGUGAGGGUUGGUAGACGAGGCCCCCCCGGUCCCCAGCAGAAGAGGGUGUCAGGAUGACCUCGGAGGAGAUGACGGCGUCCGUGCUGGUCUCUGCGGCGCGGGGUGAAGCGAUCCCCCCUCCAUCAGCUGCAGAGGAGAAGGCUGAACGUGCCUUGGACACCAGCGUUAUGAGGAGCCCCCCUGGCAGCCCGGGGCAGCCAGCCACAGCCGUGCUCUCCUACUCACACAAGCUCGAAGGAGAAAGUCUUCAGGGCUCCGUGCCCAAAAUUCUCUCUCUGGCGGAAGAACAACAGACUAAUGACAAUGGUAAUGAAAACUUCUGGGAGAGGAGCAGCUCCAUCCCUGAGUCAGUGGAAUUUCUUAACGUUAACUGUAACAUUGUACAGAAAAACUACAAGAGUAAUAUCCCAUGCAGCCAGUUGUGCAAACCUUGUGAUCCUUUAGCGGGGGCAGAGGCGUGCCUGGAAACUGGAAUUCCCGUGUCACUGGAGAGAGCCAUGCUUGCUGAAAUACAGCUGAACAUGAAUGGACCUUCGUUAAGAACCCAGACAGCAGUAAAUAAGAAUGACAGCAACGAUGCUGAUAAAGUGGCCUUUUUUCACUUUCACUGUGCUAGCGACAGGAACGUGUCCAAGGCUCUGUGUGGUUUGCACAACGGCUUCAUUUUGGGUGACUGCUUGCAGGCUGUGAGCGACGGCCCCACCAGCGCUCCCCCCGCCUGCUCCUGCAGGUUGGUGGGGCUGGCAAAUCACUGUGAGAACCAGAACGGGCAGCAGUUGUAUGAGGACGCUUUACGGGAUAAGUAUUUCUGUCUGGAAAGAGCCUCUCGAAAGGUUAAAGUGGCCUGUGCAGGUCACAGCUUCUGUGGAAAUAACUUUACUGGAAGAAUGCCCUCAAAACCCUUUCUGAGCCAUUUUGAAGACUGUAAUGAUAACUGUGAAGAAGAGAUGGAAGAGGAUUUUUUUAGAAACAAAAAGGAACGUUCUACUUUAUUAAUAAGACGUUUCUGUAAAAAUGAUAAAGAGGUUAAAAAGUCAGUUUAUACUGGAACGAGAGCAAUUGUCAGGACUUUACCUUCAGGACACAUAGGAAACGCUGCUUGGAAUUACGUUGAGCAAAGGAGAAACAACAGUGGCUUGAAGCUUUCUAGGAUUAUGACAGAACAGCUAACUAUAAUUCAGCCCUUAAUAAAAUGGGAAUUUCAUUCCUUUCUUGAGAAGUCUUUAUGGUAUGAGGUCUUCAAUGCAGUGAGAGAAGAAGAAGGAGCAGAAGAUAUUUUUGACUAUUUUCCCUCCCUUGUGAGAACGCUCCCGCUGCGUGAUACGCACUGUUUGUGCAAAGAUGAUGGUGUUUGUGUAAGACCAUGUGGAACAGGUGCUCACUGUGGAUACCGUGCCACCACACAGAGGACUGCCCUCUCUAACUAUAUAACUGGUGCUUUACUGGAAGCAACUACAUCAUUAGGAGCAAGGAGUGGUCUUUUAAAUAUCUUUGGAGGAUCAACUGGAAGAACAAUGCUUAAAGAACGCCAAGCGUGUACAUCUAUGGCCAGCCCCAGCGCCCUUCCCUCCAGCGUGGCCGGCAUCAGCAAGGAGCUGAUGGAGCUGCAGCACCUCAUCCAGUUCCCCGAGGAGGUGGCCAGCAUCCUGACGGAGCAGGAGCAGGACCUCUACCGCAAAGUGCUGCCCAUCGACUACCUCUGCUUCCUCACCAGGGACCUGGGCAGCGCCGAGUGCCAGAGCAAGCUGUCCUCCAUCAGAGCCUCCAUCUCUGCUACUGUUCUGUCCUCCCCCAACGGGGAGCAUAAUGCUGUGGAAGAUCUCGUGACGAGGUUUAAUGAGGUGAGCUCCUGGGUUACCUGGCUGAUCCUGACGGCGGGUUCCAUGGAGGAGAAACGGGAAGUCUUCUCAUACUUAGUACAUGUGGCAAAAUGCUGCUGGAAUAUGGGCAACUACAAUGCUGUGAUGGAGUUUCUGGCAGGGCUAAGGUCAAGAAAAGUCUUAAAAAUGUGGCAAUUUAUGGACCAGUCUGAUAUUGAAACCAUGCGCAGUCUGAAAGAUGCGAUGGCACAACACGAGUCAUCAUCCGAGUACAGGAAGGUGGUCAACAGGGCUCUCAAUAUCCCCGGCUGCAGAGUCGUGCCUUUCUGCGGGGUGUUCCUCAAGGAGCUGUGUGAGGUUUUGGAUGGAGCAUCGAGCCUCAUCAGGCUCUGUCCACGAUACAACUCCCAGGAGGAAGCGCUAGAGUUUGUUUCAGAUUACAGUGGACAAGAUAAUUUCUUGCAACGAGUAGGCCAAGAUGGUUUGAAUAAUCCAGAAAAAGAAUCAACAGCAAACAAUAUUUUUCAAACUAUUCGGAGCUGCAAUCGCAGUUUGGAAUCUGAAGAGGGUGAAGAUAAUUUUAGUGAAGGGAGUGAUUCAAGAAAAAACUCUCUGAAGGACAAAAACCGGUACCAGUUUAUAAUCGGAGACCUUUCAGACUCUGAAAACGAUAUAUUUGAGCAGCUGAAGGAGUGGGACACGAACGCAGCAGAAGAGCAGCAGAAGGCUUUCUGCCACGGGAUAGAGCUCAUUCCCUGGUACGUGCUGUCUGUCCGGGCUGAUGUCCACCAGUUCAUGCAGCAAGGGGCCACCGUCAUCCGCUACGACCAGGAGACCCAUCUCUCCGCGCGCUGCUUCCUCCAGCUGCAGCCCGACAACAGCACUUUGACUUGGACAAAGCCCACCACGGUUUGCCCUGCCAACGCCAAGGCAAAGCUGGGCGUGCAGGGUAAUACUGCUGAGCUGGGUAAAUACCAGUUUCUGGGGAACACUGGGCUGGUGGAAGGGUUUUUGGACUUGUUUUCAGCCAAGGCUGUGUACAUGGGACACUCUGGCAUUGAUAUGCACACUGUGUGUGUUCAAAAUAAACUCUGUAAUAUGUCCCUGGAAGAAAAUGGUAUAACACUACUCUAUGGACUUCAGACUACUGAUAAUAAGUUGCUGCACUUUGUUGCUCCGAAGUACACUGCCAGGAUGCUGUACGAUGGCUUGCUGGAACUGACUAAAGCUGUAAGAAAAAUGAGGAGAUUCCCUGACCAAAGACUACAGUGGCUACGGAAACAGUAUGUCAGCCUUUACCAGGAGGAUGGAAGGUUUGAGGGCCCGACGCUGGCACAGGCCGUUGAGCUGUUUGGAGGCAGACGGUGGAGCGCGAGGAGCACAAGCACAGGGACGCUCACCAAGAGCACCGAGAAACCCGCCGUGCAGAGGAACAACACUCUGGGAAUAAGCACAGCGAAGAAAAAGAAGAAAGUGCUCAUGAGGGGUGAAAGUGGAGAGGCCACUGAUGACGAAAUGGCAACUCGGAAGGCAAAAAGCUGUAAGGAAUAUCGUAAUAGGAGUGGUUCUGAUCCUCAGGAUAUUGAUGAACAAGAAGAAUCAGAUCCAAAUAUUAUUAUUAAUACUUCUCCAUCUAACAACCUGCCAUCCAGAAGAGCUCACUCUCUGACAGCAUCUGGAUCCCCUAAUCUAGGAGCUACAACACCUUCGCCAGCACGACCAGUCUCCUCUCCAGUAAUGUCUUCCAGCAAGAGUCCCUCUAGCACAUGGAGCAGCAGUAGCUGGCAUGGGCGCAUUAAAGGAGGAAUGAAGGGCUUCCAGAACUUCAUGGUGUCUGACAGUAACAUGACUUUUGUGGAGUUUGUAGAGCUCUUCAAAUCUUUCAGUGUGCGCAGCCGCAAGGAUCUCAAAGACCUUUUUGACGUCUACGCUGUGCCCUGCAAUCGGUCCGGCCUGGAGCCCGCUCCGCUUUACACCAAUCUGAAGAUUGAUGAAAAUAGCAGUGGAUUCCAGCCCGAUUUAGAUUUGUUGACUAGGAAUGUUUCAGACCUGGGUUUGUUCAUCAAGAGCAGGCAGCAGCUCUCGGACAACCAGAGGCAGAUCUCCGAUGCCAUUGCUGCUGCCAGCAUCGUGACCAAUGGUACUGGUGUUGAGAGCACGUCCCUGGGAAUAUUUGGUGUGGGGAUCCAGCAGCUAAACGACUUCCUGGUGAAUUGCCAAGGAGAACACUGCACCUAUGACGAAAUCCUCAGUAUUAUCCAGAAAUUUGAACCCAGUGUGAAUAUGUGCCAGCAGGGGCUGCUAUCUUUUGAAGGCUUUGCAAGAUUUUUGAUGGAUAAAGACAACUUUGCCUCCAAGAACGAUGAGUCACAAGAGAAUGCCGAGGACUUGCACUUCCCACUGUCCUAUUACUACAUUGAGUCCUCCCACAAUACGUACCUGACGGGCCACCAGCUCAAAGGGGAGUCCUCGGUAGAGCUCUACAGCCAGGUCCUUUUACAAGGCUGCAGGAGCGUAGAGUUGGACUGCUGGGAUGGUGACGAUGGGAUGCCCAUCAUUUAUCAUGGGCACACUCUUACUACCAAGAUCUCUUUUAAGGAGGUAGUUGAAGCCAUCGAUCGCAACGCGUUCAUCACCUCCGACAUGCCAAUCAUCAUCUCCAUAGAAAACCACUGCUCCCUGCCGCAGCAGCGCAAGAUGGCGGAGAUUUUCAAGAAUGUAUUUGGAGAUAAGCUGGUCACAAAGUUCUUAUUUGAGAGUGACUUUUCUGAUGAUCCCAUGCUUCCAUCUCCUGGCCAACUGAGAAGAAAAAUCCUGCUGAAAAACAAGAAGCUGAAAGCCCAUCAAACGCCAGUGGAUAUAUUGAAACAGAAGGCUCACCAGCUGGCACAUCUGCAGGCACAGGCCAGCAACGGUGCCAGCAACCCCACACCCAGCAACGAGGAGGAAGAAGAUGAAGAGGAUGAAUACGACUAUGACUACGAGUCUCUCUCUGAUGCUGAUGUCCUUAAUGCUUCUCCUGCUCCUAACAGCCAGGAAGAUAACAUUCUUGAAGACCGACCUGAGAAUAAAUUAUCAAGUGAUAAACUGCAGUUUGAAUAUAAUGAAGAGACUGCCAAACGAAUAAAGAAGGCUGAUUGUGCUACUUACAAUAAUAAAGGAAAGGUUUAUGACAUGGAGCUGGGUGAAGAGUUCUACCUUCCACAAAACAAGAAGGAGAGCAGACAGAUCGCCCCGGAGCUGUCGGACCUGGUCAUUUACUGCCAAGCUGUGAAGUUCCCCGGCUUGUCAACUCUCAACCCAUCUGGCUCUAGCAGAGGGAAAGAAAGAAAGAGCAGGAAGUCCAUUUUUGGCACCAACGCCGGCCGGCUGAGCCCCGGGGAGUCGGCUGCUCUCGCCAAGGCAUCUGGAAAAGGCCCUUUCGAGGUGAUGCGGCCGAGCUGGGAGGAGCCCUGCUCCCCGUACAGCUCCCCGGCCUCUCUCAGCGCCAUCAUAAGGACGCCCAAGUGCUACCACAUCUCCUCGCUCAACGAGAACGCGGCCAAGCGGCUGUGCCGGCGCUACUCCCAGAAGCUGAUCCAGCACACGGCCUGCCAGCUCCUCCGCACCUACCCCGCUGCCACCCGCAUCGACUCCUCCAACCCCCACCCGCUCAUCUUCUGGCUCCACGGCGUGCAGCUGGUGGCUCUCAACUACCAGACGGACGAUCUUCCUCUGCAGCUCAACGCCGCCAUGUUCGAGGCCAAUGGUGGCUGCGGAUACGUGCUGAAACCUCCUGUUCUGUGGGAUAAAAGCUGUUCCAUGUACCAGCAGUUUUCUCCGUUAGAAAGAGAUCUCGAUAACAAGGAGCCAGCUAUAUAUUCCCUAACAAUCGUGUCGGGGCAGAACGUGUGCCCCAGCCACAGCGCGGGGAGCCCCUGCGUGGAGCUGGACGUGCUGGGGAUGCCCCUGGACAGCUGCCACUUCCGCACCAAGCCCAUCCAUCGCAACACCCUCAACCCCAUGUGGAACGAGCAGUUCCUGUUCCGCGUCCACUUCGAGGACCUGGUCUUCCUUCGCUUCGCGGUGGUGGAAAACAACAGCUCGGCCGUCACGGCUCAGAGGAUCAUUCCCCUGAAAGCCCUAAAAAGAGGCUACAGACACGUCCAGCUCCACAACCUGCACAACGAAGCCUUAGAAAUCUCCAGUUUGUUCAUAAACAGUCGGAGGAUGGAAGAAAGUCCCUCUGGGAACGCUCUGCCUGCAUCAAUGCUGUUCAGCGCGGGGGACAGGAAAGCUGCUGUCACCCACAAAGUGACGAUCCACGGAGUCCCGGGCCCGGAGCCUUUCACCGUGUUUAGUGUCGGGGGGGGCACCACGGCCGCGCAGCUUCUCCACCAGCUCUUGGCUACCACCAAAGGCACCAAGUCAUGUGCUGCAGACUAUUUUCUGAUGGAAGAGAAAAGUUUUAUAUCUAAAGAAAAGAGCGAAUGCAGAAAACCACCCUUCCAGAGGGUGAUCGGGCCUGACGAGGGGCUGGUGCAGCUUCUGAACAGUUGGUUUCCAGAAGAAGGAUACGUUGGAAGGAUUCUCUUUAAAACCCGAGAGGAAAAUUUAAAUGAGAGGAACGUCUUUCAGGAAGGCAGGGAAGAGGCAGCCCUGGGCCCCGAGGAGGACAGUUUCUUCGUCCAGGUACACGAUGUGUCCCCGGAGCAGCCCCGCACCGUCAUCAAAGCCCCGCGGCUCAGCACGGCGCAGGACGUCAUACAGCAGACUCUUUGCAAAGCCAAAUACUCCUACAGCAUCCUGAGCAACCCCAACCCCAGCGAUUACGUGCUGCUGGAAGAGGUGACGAAGGAGCCGGCCAACAAGAAGUCCUCAGCAUCUAAACCCUCGCAGAGGAUUCUCUCCGAUCAAGAGUGUGUGUUCCAGGCCCAAAGCAAGUGGAAGGGAGCAGGAAAAUUUAUCCUUAAACUCAAAGAACAGGUUCAGGCAGCCCGUGAUGACAAGAGGAAAGGCCUGUCCUUCACCAGCGAGCUGCGGAAGCUGACCAAGGCCAGCCGGCAGUACCGGGGGCUCUCCUCGCCCCCCCUGGGGGUGCCACCCGAGGGGGCGCAGCGCGAGGACAGGGCCCCCUGCGGGGUGACCCUCGGGGACACCGUGGAGUGAGGAGCCGCUGCCCUGGGCACGGGCCCUGCAGGGCCGCCGGAGGAGCCGGGCCAGCCCCGGGCGCUGCCGCGGGAGCCGGGACGGAGCGGAGCGGGGAGAGGCCGGGGACCCCCCCGGCUGCCGGCGGGACGUCUCCUGGACCGGGGGCUGCAAACACCCCCCUUCUGCAGGAAAAGCUGAUCUCAGCUGGUUGCCCCCCCGGGGCGACUGAAGGCAGAGAACCAGAGGGUUCUUUUACGUGUAUUAUAUUAAAAUAAUGCACUUUUACCCGAAGAUUUCUGUUAAACACUGUGUUAAGUGAUUGUAAAGAGAUUUAAAUAUUCUGUACCUUCCCUGCAUGUCUGUGUAACUCUGGGGAAUAUACACAAAACGCUCUAAUUAUUUAUGGCUUAUCUACUUUAACAAAAUAAUGAUGUACAAUAGCUAAGUACACCUAACAGGUAGUGAUACUUUGACAAAGAACAACAUUUUCUUCUUAUAAAUUCUAGUUUUCCAGGCUUGUGUUUAGUAUUUAUUACCGUGUUCCAAAGUACAUGCCACUGUAUAAUAUAUUUAUCAUAUGCUACUUUUUAGAAAAUGCAGAAUUUUUACCUCUCUCUGGAUUUAGAGGAAAAAAAUGUUUUAACUGUUCUGGUUGUUUCUUUUCAGCACAGGACGUUCCAAGACCCCAAACUGACCAAACUCAGAAUAAGGCAGAGAUAAACGUAAUCAACAUUUCAAGAUUUUAAAUUCAAAAUGCAUUUUUCCCUAGAGUCAGGAAAUGCCUUUUUACUUGUCUGUUAGACCCAGAGCAGAGAGAAGUCUGACACUAGAACUCUGGACGUGGCUGUUUACGCAGCAAUGCAGUUGUAAAGGUUUGUGUUUGCUGAAUUCCCCUUUCGGUCCCGGAGCUGGCUGCGGGGGGCUCGUUUCCCUCCGGGAGGUAAGAAGGUGCUGAGUUUCCCCGGUCUCCACAGCCCAGUGCUGGGCUUGGUCACCCUGGGCUUUCCCACAGGAGCUUCCCUGGUGACCGAGGGCCCCACAAACCUUCUCCCCCCCGGGCAGAGGGGUUCAGGGCCCCGCUGUGACUACGGCCCCAAACCCAGGGAUGCAGGGAGCCACUCGGUUAUCCCACACCAGCGCUGGGAGCUCCCGGGAGCAGCUGCCCCAGGCACAGGCCAGAGCAGCAGCAGAGCUAAAAUGGGGUUUAUUUUUGAUAGUGCAAGAAGGAAAGUGAAGGAUGUUACAGGCUGGGGUCCCGGGACACACACCUCCCCACCCCAGUCAUUAGAAAAUGAAGUAAGAGACAUGAAGGAGAAGCCAGCAGCUGCGGUGUCAGCAGAAGGGCAGAGAGCUCCCAGGCAGCAGCCCCUACCACAGCAAAGACCUGCCCUCUGGAGGUCAGUCCCAGCUUUCAUGAAAAAUACCAAGACACACACAAAAGUCCAGUUUCCCUGAGGCGUUUCCUCCCCGAGACCAGGCAGUUCCUGCUUCUCCUCAGGACACUGCCAUCCAGUGACCCCCGAACCCCCGGGGCUGCUCUCCCCCCGUGUGCGCAGGUCCAUGGGCACACUUUGCUUGGGAUACUGGGGAACUACUGGGAAAUACAUCAACUGCACAAGUCAACUAAAGCAACUUCUUUUUUCUAAUGUUAGUUCCAUUCUGUGUGUCAUUUCACCCCAGCAGCAGUUUCACAUCACUAAGAAUUUUUUUUCUUUGGGGUUUUUUUAUGGCAUUUUAGAAACAAUACUUUCCUGUGGAGUUUGCCCUUACCUGUUUGGUGCUUUUUUUGUUAGGUUCAGCAGCACUGACAAUAAAAUGCUUCCUCUCCCCUGCAGUGUCACAGCAGCCUGGCAGACACACUCAUUCACGAGACUCAACAGCGAGUUCUUGCACUGGUGGUGUCACCCACUAAAAGUUUUCUGUCACACAGGUUAAAAACAACCAGCCUUGGGAAAUGAUGGGUGGAGAGCAGCCGUGUCACAGCGUGUAACACAGCUCUAACAACAGCCUGACCUCCAGGGGCAAGUUAAACACAGUAGUUUUGUACCAUUUCUGCUAAGACAAUGAUUUUCUAAUAGCUUAUUAAUAUAAGUCUCUUCCUCAUCAAUCCAAGUCUAAAGCUGCUCUUGCUGCUGGUUAUCACAGAGAAAGAGAACAGCAAAAUACCCAGCUUCUGUUUAAAACCCCAACUUUACAGGCACGUGGGUACCUGAAACUGUGUAAGGCAAUUAAUUACCUGGUUCUAGUACGUUCAUUACUGGACACGGAUCACGUCAAGUCUGGGCUUUGGGAAACACCCCAGUAAACACUUGUUGGUGAAAUGUGGUACAUUUUGGGGUGAAGCUGGAAAAGAAGACAGACUCCUUUCCUUUGCUUUGAUGCCAACUAUCCUAAUAAUGAGAAUACACCACCGCUGGAAGCACUACACAGGGGGUGGGAGUGUGUGUGUGUGACCUUCUGUGCCAGCCCAGUCACACAGAUUCCACACACUGAGUUACUUAAUUCUAACAGGAAGGUUUAUCUGCUCAGGCAGAGUUUUAUUUCUGCAGGAAAACCUGUCCACACAUUCCUGUGACAAGACUGACAAAGAACCUGUGUCCCUCUCUGUGCUUUUGGCUGAGCACAGGCAGCAAUUAGGGAAAUACAUUCAUCUUUACAUUACAAACUAUUUACAGGAAGCAGCUUCCAGGAUAAAGUCUGAGAGAAAGGAAUGUAAAUCACCAACACCUUCCAGAAACAGGCGGUCCCUGGGUGGGAGCAGGGCUCACGCUGAACACUUCCCAGCUGGAAAUCUCAGAAGUAGUUUAUUCUACACUAUUUUGAGCCCACUGCUACUUUUCUACCCCUGUCCUACCUGUUCCUGGCACAGCACAUGCAGCAGUGGGAUGGUGUGGGGCAGCCAUGGGCCCUGCUGCAGCACAGGUCGGGCUGCAGGAGCUGGGGCAGAAGAAGGGGCUUCUGUCUCUGCUGACUAAAGCCAAGCUUAGCAUUUAGAAGAAUAAAAAAAAAAACAAACCAUCUCUGCCAGUUUCAAUUUUCAUUACUAGCUGAAGUAUCUCAAUAGCCAUCUGCUUUAGAAAUCACGUGCUUUCAGGCAUUAAAGACUAACAUGGGAAUAUGUGAAUGUUUCAAGAAUACAGCCUCUUACAUCCAUAGUUUGUCUGUAACAGAGAUGACCCCACUGACAGCGUUACACUCCAGUGCCUCCCCCCCCCCCCCGCCUGUUACUGCACCACUAGAAACUCAGUUUUUUAGGGGACCCCACUCCCUCUAACCCGGGUGGAGGGUUUUUCCUGUCUGUUGUACAUACCUGGUAAGUUCAAUAGCGGGGCCCUUGGGCAGAGCUGGCACACUGAACACCAAGGCAAGCAUUGGCAGGCGGUCUCUGCGCGGCACAGGCUGUUUCCCACUGACAGCUCUGCAGAUGUUCUCCUCCUGAAGCACCUCAAGAGGAUUCUGACAACGCACCAUCACCCUCUGCCAGUCCUUAUAGCCUUUGGAAACCAUGUAAAAUGAACAAUUUUAGAAUUGACUUUUCUACCCGGACUAUUUUCUCUCUGCUGACUUGAAGAAUA